UAAUUAAAUACCCGUUACUUCACGCGACAUGAUUACGAAUUGCCACCCCGACAGUUGCUAUGGGAAACGGAAACCCACUCACUGCGGGUUUAAGGAACCGAGGAAGCCCUGACUGGCCUGCACUUGCUGCAGUACACUACACUGCUCUCAAAUCUGCGCCCUUUCUAUUUCACUUGCACGCUUAAUCGCUCUCGGUGUGCUUCGAUGGAGAGCUUGAGGGUUCGUUUGGAUUUCGAGCACCGGAACGUUAUGAACAAAUCACAGUUGAAGGAGGGACUCAGGCGAAGUUGGCUUCUCCUCAAACCGGAAAUGAAGACCAUCUCCGACCUCGCCGCCUAUCUCCUUCGUGCAUUCGACCUCCACGACUCUUGCCCCAGUGGCCUCAUCCUCUCCAUGGAUGGCUUUGUAUUACCGUCUUUUGAGUCAACAUGCAUUUUGAAGGAUAGAGAUAUCGUCUGUGUGAAAAGGAAGGGGGAUGCAGUAGUGAAUACCAUUCAGGCAGGUGAGGGGUUUGACUCUCUUGAGGUAGAGGAGAAUGUGGAGAAGCAACCUGUGCUUAAAGGUGUGAAACUUUUGUCAAAUGAGGGAUUUGAAAAGGAACAUGAUGAAAAUCAUGCGAGUGUACACGAAUACAAGGUUUCCAGGAAAAGAAAGGCAUCAAAGAAACUUCAGAGCUCAAAGUAUAUUUGGCACAUCCCAUUUGUGAGGAAGAAAAAUAAGGUUGCUACUACUGUAAAAUGUCCAGUUCUUGCUGAAGUUGAUCAGAAAGAUGUCUGUGCUGAGGAGACUCAAAGCAUUCAUCAUCGUGUAGUUGUCCCAAAAAAGAGUCUCAAACAGAAUAAGUUAUUGAAAUUACCUGGUGAGCAGGAUAAAUUGAGUGCCCUCGAAAGUGAUGAUAGAAGUAAUGACAUUGCCAAAUCUGCACCUAGUGCAAAGAGAUUCUGCCAGCUUCAAGAAAACAGUGGAGGAAGUGUUGCAGUAUCCUGUAAGCCUGGUGAAUCCAAAAAGUUCCCUAGUAGAAGUGCUCGGCGUAAAAAGGCAAAAAGGCUGUGGUUGAGGGAACAAGUCAAUAUUGAGAAGAAAAAGCUACUUCAUCAGGGGCAAAUGCUCACAAAGGACGAUGAGCAGUCACCUGUCAAGGAUGAUCAGAAAGUCUUUGAAGAACAUCAUGAACCGGAUGAAAAUGAUGAUAGAGAGGAUGAGGUUGUCCCAGUUGUAAUUAGACCUGGACACAUUCGAUUUGAGCGUCUUGGUAAAGUGUAUGCAGAUCAGGCUGUCAAGAAAAAUGAAAGUCAAAUGGAGCUCUUGCGGUGGAAUGGAAUGACUAGCAAAAAGAAGGGUAAAAAAUGGGGCACCAAGAAAGUUGCUUCUUACAAAAGGAAUGAUCAUGCGAGUUUAAAUCAAAAGAUUUCUGAAAAGCAAGCUGCUGGAGAAGCAGCAACUGGAGACAAUCCUGUGGAUUUGGAUAAGCUUAAGCCUUAUACUAGCUCGCCUAAGGAAGGUGAUGUAGUUGCAUAUCGUUUGAUUGAGUUAUCAUCGUCAUGGACCCCUGAGGUUUCUUCCUUGCGAGUAGGGAAGAUAUCACGCUAUGUCCCUAAAUCCAAUAGGAUUAUGCUGGUAACAGUUCCAGAAUAUCCAAUUGAUUUUGAGAAGAUAACAGAUACAUCCCUUUAUGGGGAAAAUGGGUCUUUAAAGAUAAGUUAUUCAAUGCUUAUUGACGUCCGCAUUGUGAAGCAUGGCAACUUGGGUACAACAAAAACAGUCACUGGUGAGUAUAAUGAACUUUUUUUGGGUAAUCGAACCCCUGUAUCAGGUGUCAGGGUCGGCAAUAACAACAAAGAGACCCCUUCCCGAACCCCUACCCUUGCUCUAGGAAAUGGAGAAGUAGAUGCAUGGGAUGAAAUCAGUCAGGCUUUAAAUGCAAAGAAGGCUCAGCUCUCUCAGCAGGGUGGUUGGAGUAAGGAAGAGACUUCUGGCAAGAGUGCGUGGUCCUAUACGGCCUCCAGGAGCAGUGCGCUGGGCCCAACAGUGACAAAUGCUCCUUUAAGAGCGCAAAAUGGACAAUGAGAAAUGCUGCUGGCAUUAGGACACAAGCAUCUGCUGUUUCCUGUCAACGAGAUUCAGCAAUUUUGGUAGAAAGUAAAAGAAUAUGGUAUUAGUUUUGUGUAUUUAUGGGCUAUGGAAGGCUAAGGGCUUUGAUAUAAAAGUGUUCAGUUUUACCGUUAGUCGGAGAGAACUUUGCAUUGGUCUCCAUCUUUCUCAGGCUUUGUGAGGCCUGAGUUGGCCCAGUCAAUUGAGUGCGACUAUGGUAUUGAUCUAGAGUGUGUACAAAACAAAAGUGGAUAAGGCAAGUAAAUAUCAGUAAAAUAUUCUCUUUUCCCACCA